AAAAGGCAAAAUAGGAAGAAAUUACAAGCAAAAGAAAUAAAUUGUGUUUUUUUUCUGAUUAUAUUCAAUCUAAAAUAUUUGUUGAACCUUUAUUUAUACAGGAAGGUUGAUUAAGAACAAUUUCUCAUUUACGACCACCAACAAUACAGAAACGACACAACAGCGCAAAAAGUUCCAUGCAGAUAAAAACAUGACAUUUCCUCACAUCAAUAAUUUAAAUAUUUACAAGAAAAAGUCCACAGGAGGCACCAAUUUAAUGAUUACAAUAACAGAAGAAAACCUAUAAAAAAAAGUAAAAAAAAAAAAAAAAAAAAAAACCAUCAACAUUCAUCAAAAAUAAAACCCUAAAAUCAUUGCACUGUGUAAAAUUAGCAAUUAUCUUUAAGAUGGGUUUAAAAUAUUGUGAUACAAAAGUAUAUUUGACCAAAUAUGUUUGCUAUAACUACCUCAAAAGGGGGGAAACUGAUGUGAGCGUCCUGUUGGUUCAGCUCCACCUCUUUUAUGUCAUCAACAUGCGACGAUUGUUUACAGGAAGCGUGGCUGCCUUCGUCCACGCUGGAAACUCCUCUUAAAGUUCAACAUUUUCAGGAUGACCAUGGAUAUUACGUUCCUCGGUACCGGGUCGGCUUACCCGUCCCCUCACCGCGGUGCCUCGGCGCUGGUUCUGCGUUCGGACGGAGACUGCUGGCUGUUUGACUGCGGAGAGGGAACCCAAACGCAGCUGAUGAAGAGCCAGCUCCGAGCCGGUCGAAUCACCAAAGUUUUCAUCUCCCACUUGCAUGGAGACCACCUGUUCGGUUUGCCUGGUCUCCUUUGCACCAUCAGCCUCAACAGCAGCGCUGAUCCCCAACAGAACCUGAAAUGUGUGGAUAUCUACGGGCCCCGGGGCCUUCGGCACUUUCUCAGGGUCACGCUGGGGCUCACAGGAUCACAACUGCUCUUCCCUUAUGCAGUUCAUGAGCUUGAGCCGACAACAGACCAGUGUCCACAAGAAGGACUGCUCAGUGUUGAGCUGACCACGGAGCGCGGCCCGCUCCAUCCCCAGGAGCAGCCUGGCAGGACGAUUAGUCUGGAUGCUGAAAGUGACUCUUACCUUCUCUUUGAGGACAAGAAGUUUGUAGUGAAGGCCUUUAGGCUGUUUCACCGCAUCCCAUCUUUUGGGUUUUGCAUUCAGGAGCACGAUCGACCCGGAAGACUAAAAACAGAGCUACUUAAAGAACUUGGUAUGAAACCAGGACCUCUUUUUGGCCGUCUCAAAGCCGGAGAGUCUGUAACUCUGGAAAACGGGUGCGUGGUUCUGCCCAGUGAGGUUCUGGAGAAGCCCAUCUCAGGAAGGAAAGUCUGCAUUCUAGGAGACUGCAGCUCGGUGCUCGGGGAGGCGCCGCUGCAUCUGUGUCGCGACGCUGACGUGCUGGUUCACGAGGCCACGCUGGGGAACGAGCACCGGGAGAAAGCGGUGGAGCACGGACACAGCACGCCUGGGAUGGCGGCGGCGGUGGCUCGGGCUUGCAGCGCGCAGCGGCUGGUUCUUUACCAUUUCAGUCAGAGGUACAAACCCGGCUCAGUGCUGAAGGACGGGGACGAGAACGAAGUGUUGGGACUUCAGAGGGACGCUGAGGAGGCACUUUGGGGCACGGAGGUAGAGGUGACAGUAGCAGAGGACUUUAUGACUCUACCUGUUCCUCUAAGAAGGUGACAAUCCGUUUAUAUUAGUGUCCGAUUAAGUGUCUUUAAUUUAAUCCAAAUUUUAAUAAUUAAAGCAUUAAAUACAUAUGUCUUUCAUGUAAAGAAAAUCCAAUGUCUGAACCUUUUCCAGAGCUUUAUUUCUGGAUCUGUACACAAGGUAUUAAAGUACAACAUAAAAUACAAAAUAAUGCUUAACAAAAGGAAAAAAAAAACAGCAAUGUUUAUGUACAAUUUCUAUAAACAAUAAAGAUAGCUUCUCGAACAUUU